AACUGGGCAAAGCACUUCAUGGAAAAACACUCUCAUGAAAUUCAAUCAUUUUGGUCCCACCCUCUGGAUCACUCACAUGCACGAGCUGUAAACCCACACACUAAAGAAGAGUUCUUUACACUCUUGGAAGCCAUGAUUGAAGAAGGUGGUGGGGAUGAUGUCAUCCCCCCAGAGUUGAUCUACAGGACAGACGAGACUGGAAUUCAGUCUGGGAUAGGAGUAAAAGAAAGGGUUUAUGGCCCACAAGGAGCAAAGAUCCAGCACCAACAAUGGAGCAGAGACAGGGAGAACAUCACU